UCGAGAGGUGGAAAAACCAGACGAGCAGGUGACAGGAAUCGAAUUCUAGCUUCCUCCAAUGAGAUCACGCCUUCUGCGCUAAGGGAACUACUGGCCUUAGGGGAUUCCCGAGAUCGUUCUGUACGCUCACGCAUAAAAAGCCCGUCCGGACUACAUUCACCUCAGUACAGUUUAACGUCCCAUCUGUUAUACUAUCAGCGAAGACGUGUUCUUGUGAAAAUAUCUGCGGCUCAACCACCGUGUCGCUAUGGCCGGGAAGGUGCAGUUCCGUCGUGCUAUGGCUGCUUGUCACUGCUGCCCUCCGUCGGGCCCUUCGACCCAGCACAGGGUCGGCGAUGGCUCUUGUGGUGCGGCGUGGCGGCAGGGCCUCGUAUGCGGGGGCAAACGCGAAGCAUGCGGCCCCAUACGCGCCUUCGCCACACGUCUACGCCUUCGAGGGCGUCCCGUCCCUCGCCCGCCGCGUUGGAGAACUGCGCUUCA